ACAGAGCGGGCAGCGGCAGAGGCGGUGGUGCACUAGUGAGUGCGGAGACUGCUGUCUCUGUGUCAGUACCGGCUCAAGAUGCUGCGGGUCUUCGUCCUUGCCGCCGAGAGGCUGCAGAUUAUCCAGCAGGACAUCAGCGACGCUUACUGCGGGGUGACCUUCCAUGGUGUAAAGAAGAAGACAAAAGUGAUCAAGAACAACUUGAACCCCGUCUGGAACGAGGGCUUUGAAUGGGACCUGAAAGGAACUCCUCUGGACCCAAGUUCUGAGAUCCACAUUGUUGUGAAGGAUCAUGAAACCAUGGGAAGAAACAGGUUUCUGGGGGAGGUACACACCACCCUGACCGACGUGCUCAGCUCCCCGCACCUUGUGGCCAAGUACAACCUGCCCUUACAGGACACAAAGCGGCAGAACACUGGGGCCAGCAUCAUUCUCCAGGUGACCUACGUCCCACCUCCAGGGACCGCUCCGCAUGUACCUCCAUCCGCUCAGCGCGAUGUACCGACGGCCACAGGUUCACCAGACGCCGACACCCUCACCCUCACAGACACGGGCGGCGAGGGUGAGGAGGACACCGAGGAUCUGCUGGGCACGGGCGACGAGGUGGACCCCCCGUCUGGCACGCCCGGCGUCGACCCGCCCCCUACUUUGCCAAAGAAGACCCCCACCACCGUGGUCCACGGGCUAAAGAAGCGGAGGCGGCCAAGCAGACAGCUACUACCCAACAAACCACAGGACAUCCAGGUCCGAGUGCAAGUGGCGGAAGGUCGGCAGAUCCCCGGCAUCAACAUCAGGCCCGUGGUCAAAGUGACCGUCGCCGGCCAGACUAAGACCACCCGCAUCCGCAAAGGCAACAACCCCACCUUCGACGAGACUUUCUUCUUCAACCUCUACGACACUCCGGCCGACCUCUUCGACGAGCCGAUCUUCAUCAUGGUAUACAACUCACACAGUCUCCGCACAGACUCCGUUAUUGGCGAGUUCAAGCUGGACAUUGGGACCGUUUAUUCCGAACCAAGACAUGCGUUCCUCAGGAAGUGGCUCCUCCUCUCCGACCCCGAUGACCUGGCCGCUGGGGCCAAAGGUUACCUAAAGGUCAACUUCAUCGUCCUGGCAACUGGCGAUGAAGCUCCCAUGGAGAGGAGAGAGGGAUCUGAAGAGAAAGAGGACAUCGAGGCCAAUCUACUGCGACCCAAUGGUGUAGCUCUGCGGGGAGCCUACUUCAAGCUGAAGGUCUACCGAGCUGAGGACCUCCCCCAGAUGGACGAUGCAAUGAUUGACAGCGUGAGGCAGAUCUUUGGGUUUGACAGCAACAGGAAGAACCUCGUCGACCCGUUUGUGGAAGUCAGCUUCGCCGGGAAAACGAUCUGCAGUAAGAUCAUCGAGAAAAAUGCCAACCCGCAGUGGAACCAGAGUCUGGUGCUGCCGAUCAGAUUUCCCUCAAUGUGUGAGAAGAUGAAGAUCCGCCUCACCGAUUGGGAUCGCCUCUCUCACAAUGAUGUGAUCGGCACCACCUACCUGUGCAUGUCAAAGAUCUCCGCCCCGGGAGGAGAGAUCGAAGAUAUUGCCCCUGUGAAGCCUGAACCAACCAGCGGCUUCGAUGACGGUCUCGGAUACCUGCCCACCUUCGGGCCCUGCUUCGUCAACCUGUACGGCAGCCCACGAGAGUUCACGGGAUUCCCCGACCCCUAUGUGGACAUGAACCUCGGGAAGGGUGAGACAAUGGCCUAUCGAGGAAGGAUCCUGGUGGAACUGAGCACCAAGCUGGUGGAUCGGGCCGAGCAGAAGAUCGAGGAGAUCCCCUCGGACGAACUGCUGAGGUUGGAGAAACACCUGCGCCGUCGCAAGUUCCACCUAUGCGCCGUCUUCUACUCGGCCUCCAUGCUGCAGGAAGUGGGCGACGCCAUCCAGUUCGAGGUCAGCAUCGGUAACUACGGCAACAAGUUCGAUGCCACCUGCCUCCCCCUGGCCUCCACAACCCAGUACAGCAGGGCUGUGUUUGACGGCUGCCACUACUACUACCUGCCGUGGGCUAACGUCAAGCCAGUGGUGGUGUUGUCAUCCUACUGGGAGGACAUUAGCUACAGGAUCGACGCAUUGAAUAUACUGCUCCUCGCUGUGGACAGACUGGAAUCCAGCCUCGAGCAGGUCCACCUCGCCAUCAAAGCCAAGAGUCCUGAGAGUGAAGUGGAGGCCAAGGUGGAGGAGAUGAUCGACCAGGUCAUCGCUGACUGCAGCCUGCCCCUGCCCGACAUCACGGCGAUCCCAACGGCCACCUGCCUGGACGGUCACAUCCACCGCUUCCGCGUCACCAACCUGCAGCAGAUCCGCCAGGCGGCCGAGCGCCUGAAGCACGGGGAGCGGAGGGAGCUGCAACCCACCCUGGACCAGGCUGAGGACUGGCUGGAGAGGCUGAGGUCCAUGGCAGAGGAGCCCCAGAACAGUCUGCCUGACAUUGUGGUCUGGAUGCUCCAAGGAGACCGAAGGAUCGCCUACCAUCGGAUUCCUGCUCACGAGGUCCUCUACUCCAGGAGAAGUCCCAGCUGUCACGGUAAACACUGCGGAGCCUUGCAGACCAUCUACCUCAAGCACCCAAGAGGCGGUUCCAAGAUCGGCAAGAUCCCGGCGCAGGUUCGAGUGAGGAUCUGGCUCGGAAUGGCCACGGACAGCAAGGAAUUCAGCCAGUUCACCGAGGGCAAGCUGUCCGUCUUCGCCGAGACCUAUGAAAAUCAGGUCAAGCUGGCCCUGGUGGGCAAUUGGGGCACGACUGGCCUCACAUACCCCAAAUUCACCAACGUCACCGGAAAGAUCAAGCUGCCUAAGGACUCCUUCCGACCUUCCACAGGCUGGGCUUGGGCCGGGGACUGGUUCAUCAGUCCCGAGAAAACUCUGCUGUAUGAUGUUGAUGCGGGCCACAUGACUUUCGUGGAGGAGGUGUUUGAGAACCAGUUACGUCUGCCGGGCGGGCAGUGGAUCCAGAUGUCAGACGCCUACUCCGACAUCAGUGGAGAGAAGGCCGUGCCGAAGGAUGAUAUUGAGUGCACCGGGGGCUGGAUGUGGGAAGAUGUCGAGUGGUCCACAGACUUCAACAGAGCGGUCGACGAGCAAGGCUGGGAGUACGGAUUCACCAUCCCACCGGACCGGAAGCCCAAGUCCUGGUCACCGGCUGAGAAGAUGUACCACACCAACAGGAGGCGUCGGUGGAUGCGGCUGAGGAGGAGGGACCUGAAGCAGGUGGAAGCGCUCCGCAAGAGAAGGUGGAAGACAGUGAGAAAGGGAGGCCAGGCCUGCCAACCGCCUCCGAAGAAGGCACAGGAAUGGCUCUACACAGAUGUAAUACAGCUGGCCGGACAUGGGACAUCCCUGACGUACCAGAGAUUGGGAGUUAAUGUUCCGGUUGUAUAA